AUAGAUCUAACUUGAGCGUUUGUGAUGCAGGGCAGGACCGCUGGUAAUCUAUCACUUGUUGUCAUGGAAAGCAGAGGUUAACUGACUUCCUCAGCUCCUCGGAUAUCUGCUCAACUGGGGCCUUUACGGCUUGCUUUGUGUCCAGGUCUGCAUUUACUACCUGGCUUUCCCACAUGAUGGACGCCGAACGAAAACUCUUGUGUACGGCGUCCAUGCACUCGAGACAGUUCAGACGAUUAUCGUCACAUACGACGCCUUCAUGCGUUAUGCCGUGCACUACGGAGAUUUUAGCGCGCUGAGCGCGGCCCAGUUGGACUGGUUCGCUGUGCCAGUUCUGAGCGGCGUUCUAAGCUGUACUGUACAGUGCUACUACGCACAUAGAAUUCACGUCCUAUCACGCUCUUGGCCGCUUACUAUGGUGAUUUCGCUGGCUUGCAUCAUCGGUAACUUUUCGGAGCUCCGGUCAAAUGCUCUUGCAAGCGCUAUCAUUUGGCACGCUGGAAGCGCUGCCUGCGAUCUCAUCAUUGCGGCCUCUGCCACAUUCUUGUUCCAGCGAUUUGAUACCGAAUUUGCGGUGGCUAGGGUUAAGAUCACAAGAGUCAUCAACCUCAUCGUUCAGACCGGCAUCCUCACCGCAUUCAUCGCGACGCUGGAUCUUGUACUCUUCGCGGCGUACCCGCACCGCGCGUACUACGCCUGUGUCGCGCUUACAAUCACGAAGCUCUACUCGACCACGCUCCUUGUGAGCCUGAAUAGCCGUGUGCGGAUUGUGGGCGGCCGCAUGGGUAGCUUACACAUCACAGACGCCGUCGAACAUAGCUGGGCAAGCGCCAGACGUGCUGAAGUGGCUACGCGACGUACGGCGUCGGCCGGGGUCGGCCCUAUCACGAGUUUGUCGCAGGUCGAGGAGCUGCAGUUACGUGCGUACUCCGAGCAUGGGAUAUCUCAGUUGGUGAGUGUACGCCUAUUUGGAAUCGAUGAUGAGGCUGAGUGGCUUUAG